AUGGCAUCGUACGAAGCAUUAUAUGGUAAAAGAUAUUGUUCUCCUAUUGGAGGGUUUGAAGCUGGUGAGGUUAACUUAUUGGGACCCGACUUAGUACAAGAAGCUAUUGACAAGGUCCAAUUGAUCAGACCGCGAUUGCUCACAGGCAUGAUGCGAUUCGGGAAAAGAGACUCCUCCCAAGUGCUUGAAGCACCUACUAUACCACUCGAUGAGAAGUUGUCUUACGAGGAGGAGCCGAUGGCUAUUGUCGAUAGACAAUUGAGGAAGUUACAGUCAAAAGAAAUUGUGUUCGUUAAAGUCUUAUGGAGAAAUCAUACUGUUGAAGAAGCUACAUGGGAAAUAGAAGAUGCUAUGCGAGUCAAGUAUCCUUAUUUAUUUCAGUCUACAG